UCAACUCUUAAUUUCCAUUCCCUUUCGUCUUUGCAGUGUCCUACUUGUAAUGGAGUAUGUCGUCUCACCUCAAACAAGCAUUCGCGCUCACCCAAUCUCUUUAUCUGAAACCUUAUUCAAAUCACCGGACACUCACCACGGUGCUGAACUUGAAGCCCUUCAACUCAAAGAUCUCAAAUUUCAUGAGAAACGGGCUAGUUGAGGAUGCCCAACACCUAUUCGACGAAAUGCCUCAAAGAAAUACUGUCACGUAUAAUGCUAUGAUCAGAGGCUACUUUCAAAACGGUUUCCACCAAAAGGCGGUGAGUUUGUAUAAACAGAUGUCGGUCCGUGAUAUUUUCUCGUAUAAUACUAUGAUAUUUGGAUUGAUGAAAUGCGGGGAUGUGAAAGAGGCUGAAGGUGUGUUUGAGAGCAUGAAGCAUAGGGAUAUUAUUUCUUGGAAUUCGAUGAUUUUGGGCUAUGUUGAUAAUGAUAUGAUGAGUGAGGCGGUGAGGGUGUUUGUUGCAAUGCCUUUCAGAGAUAUUGUUUCAUGGAAUUUGGUUUUGGGAGGAUUGGUGAAGGUUGAGAAGUUUGAUUUGGCAGUGGAGAUGUUUGGGGGAAUGGUCAUGCGAGAUGUUGCAUCAUGGACUAUCAUGGUGAAGGCGUUUGUGGGCGCUGGCAAUAUUGUCGAAGCUAGGAGAAUCUUUGAUGAUAUGCCAAUGAAGGAUGUUGGAGCUUGGAAUACAAUGAUUGGUGGUUAUGUGCAACAAAAAUUUGUUGAAAUUGCACAAGGUUUGUUUCAUAAGAUGCCGGAAAAGGAUGGAAACUCGUGGAGUGUUAUGAUAGACGGUUUCUUGAAUGUUGGGAGGGUCGGGGACGCCUUGAGGCUUUUCCACGAGGCACCUCAGAAGCAUAGGAAGUCAUGGAAUUCUGUCAUGCUGAGCUUUGUCAGGAACGGUUUGGUGAGAGAAGCUCAUGCGAUUUUAGAGAAAGUUCCAUUCAGUGGCAUUGUGUCGUGGACGAAUGUCAUGAUUGGGUACUUUAAUAGGGAAGAGGUUGAAAACGCCAUGAGAGUUUUUCAACUGAUGCCUUGUCUUGAUACGGCCGUGUGGAAUGCUGCCGUGUUUGGAUUGGGGGAGAAUGAUCAGUUUGAGAAUGGUGUGAGAUUGUUUAUCAAAAUGAAGGAAGAUGGUGUUUCCAUGGAUGAAGCCACGUUUACAAGUUUCCUCACUAUUUGUUCGAACAUGCCAUCGCUAAAUCUCGGGCAACAAAUUCAUGCUGAAGCUAUUAAGGUUGGAAUUGAUUGCUUCACUGCUGCUGGUAAUGCAUUUAUAACUAUGUAUUUCAGAUGUGGUAACAUGAACUCUGCAUUGCUCGAGUUCAAAUCCAUGGCCUGCCAUGAUGCCAUCUCGUGGAACUCUGUAAUAUGCGGAUUGGCUCAGCACGGGCUUGGUGAAAAAGCUGUAGAGGUGUUUGAAAAGAUGAGGUUAUCGAGAGUGGAACCUAACAAAAUCACUUUUGUAGGUAUCCUCUCUGCCUGCAGCCACGGAGGGCUCGUGGAACUCGGGAAGCAUUACUUUGAUGUUAUGAGAAACGAGUACUCUCUCAAGCCGACGAAUGAGCACUAUACUUGUAUGGUGGAUUUGUUGGGGAGAUUCGGGCUUAUUGAUGAAGCGAUGGAUGUGUUGAAUGAGAUGAGCAAAGAUGGGGUGGAGGUUCAAGCAAGUGUUUGGGGGGCGCUGCUUGGAGCGUGCAGAAUGCACAAGAACGUGGCGUUGGCUGAGAUUGCUGGGGAGAAGAUUUUGGACGUGGAGCCUUGUAACUCGGGCGUGUAUUUGAUUCUUGCUGAGAUGUAUCUGGCUGAGGGGAGGAGAGAAAAGGCGUAUAACAUGUGGUUUCGUAUGAAAGACAACGGUGUGAAGAAGCAACCUGGCUGUAGUUGGAUUGAGUUGAGCGUUGGUGGGAAGGUGUUCUUAGCUGGAGACAGAGCACAUCCCGAGUUUGAGAGCAUCUCGUGUGCGUUGAGCUUGAUUUAUCACGAGAUGGGCUUCCAAAACGCCUAUCUCAAUGCUGCCGCAGAGGAUCUUGGAGGAGCAUCUAUCCAAUGCUGAAAUAAUCACAAAUGGGAAAAGAAAAUGGAUUUUCUUGUUCAAUUUGUAGAGGAGAAAAUGGACAACUAUAAGAUUUUGGGAUUGCAUAAUGAUGUAUGCGGAGGAUCAGUGGUAACAGAGGUUGAGGUUGAUGCAUCACCUACCUUAAAAUGGUGGGUGAUGGAUUCAAGAACUCCCAACAGAUCAUCAACCUCGACAAAUGGUGUAGUCGAUGGUUCAAGUUUUGCUUGUCAAGAGCAUCAAUGGGCCGGGGCCGCUCAAUGGUGAGCAAGACUGUUCCAACACCACCGGGCUCUCUCUAGGAUCUUGCCUGAGGUGUGAUCGUGGAGAUAAUGGUGUCCGCCACGAAAUCAAUGGCUUCAAUGACGAAACACAACUCAGUUGGUAAGAUUUUUCCUCUCCAGCUUCACCAUAAAGGGAAAUUGAAAACCAUUAUUUAUCAUCUCUUCAUUUAAGGAAAAAAAAAAAAAAAACCAAUGGCCUCGGAUCGAUCAAUCGUUGUAAGUGAUGAAUUACUACUGCUUUUACUGAAUGAGAUUGAUUUUACUUGUAGAUUUAAUCAAGGGAACUGAUGAAUAUUGAUCAAUCGGCUCACUAAUGCUAAUUAAUGUGAACUGUGAAAGUUGAACUUGUAUUUGUAGAGUAUAAGAUAAAUGUUGUGAUGUCUGAAUCAAUUAGUUGCCCUUCAGAAAC